AGGGAGAGCCGCCUGCUAACAACCCGCCUUUUCCGCCCACCGCGUCACCGAAUCGUAGUCCUUUUCUUCUCUCGUCCUUAUAUGGUCUCUUACGUCAUGGGGCAUUCGGUGACUCUGGAUAAAUAGUAAAUGAAGCUCGAGAGAGAGAGACUGAAGCACAGAGAGAGUGAGAGACAAGCGGCAGGGACUAGCAGCAGCUCAAGAGGGCUAAACAUUAAUAAAAGGGGAGGUAAGAACCCUGUCACCUCCUCAGCUUCUCCGAAUUCAGGGCAAGCCCACACUGACACCAGCACGCCUUCAUCAUUGACACUAAACCAGAACUGGAGGUGAGAGGAGAAAAGUUUGGGAUUUUUCAAUAUUUUCACUCGAGACCCGGCCAAUGCAAAUGAUGACUGCCAAAACGCUGGAGAAGAUCCCGCUGUCGCUCGGGGGUCUCUUCCAUCAGCUACCCGACAACAUGUUCCCCGUGGAGGACAUCAACGGCUUGCCCGCCUCAGUCACUAUCUACCCUAACCCGGAAAUGACACCGUACGAGCAGAUGUCCUCAGAUGGAAUACUCAACGUGGACAUGAGCGGCGACAAGAGACCCGUCGAUUUACCGUAUCAUAGCGGCUACCAUCUACCCUCUGCUCACCGCUCCCAGACUCUAGGCUACACGGGGAAGUUUUCCAUUGAAUCUCAAUGCGCCGGUGGCAAUUGGAGUUCUGAAGGCAUCAUCGUGAGCGCCGGGAUCUUCGGGAUCCCCGCGUCGUCCUCUCCCUCGUCGUCCUCUUCCGCGUCCACGGCUUCUCCAAACCCCCUCCCCAGCUCCCUCAGUUGUACCAUGGCGCAGAGCCAGAACGAGAUGGAGCACAUGUACUCGCCGCCACCUCCGUACACCUGCGGGGAGAUGUAUCAGGACCCGACUCCUUUCUACAGCAACCCAGCCAGCAGCCUCGGCUACCCUCCUCCCCCCUCCUACCCUUCGCCGAAAUCCAUGGUGGACAGCACUUUAUUCCCCAUCCUGCCGGACUACAGUAGCAUCUUCCAACCUCAACAUCCGCACCGGGAUAUGCACCCGGGCACCGAGCGCAAGCCUUUCUCCUGCCCGGUGGACCCAGGUAGGAUGGCACCACCUCUGACUCCCCUCUCCACCAUCAGAAACUUUACCUUGGGUAACCCGGCAGGAGAGGGCUCCAGGAUGCCCAGCGCUUACGGCGGACACAACUUACCUCUCCGGCCCAUCAGGCUCAGGAAAUACCCAAACCGACCCAGCAAGACCCCGGUCCACGAGAGACCUUACCCGUGCCCGGCCGAAGGCUGCGACCGCCGGUUCUCCCGCUCUGACGAGCUCACCCGGCACAUCCGCAUCCACACCGGCCACAAACCUUUCCAGUGCCGCAUCUGCAUGAGGAACUUCAGCCGGAGCGACCACCUCACCACCCACAUCCGCACCCACACCGGCGAGAAGCCUUUCUCUUGCGACUUCUGCGGCAGGAAGUUCGCCAGGAGCGACGAGAGGAAGAGGCACACCAAGAUCCACUUGAGGCAGAAGGAGAAGAAACUCGCCAGCGAGAGGGCGGCCGGUUCCACGGUGGCGACCCUCUGCAGCAGCGGGAGCACCCCCUUGCCCAUCUGUCCGCCCAGGACACUGUAAACUGGGAAAAACACACACACACGCCCGCAGUAAAAUGACACGACUGCACCCACAGGCUAACAACCUCGGGGGCGCAGGGCAGAGUAUUUAUGGCAGAUUGCACCCGGGUUUCCGACAGCAGCAUGAUUCUGUUUUGCUCCUUCCUCCGGCGUCGUCUCAAGGAACCCGAGCCCCUCUCUCCUCUGAAGAUCUUUGGGGAAAGCACGCUGUCUUCUUAAAUGUGUUCCCCUUGACAACUUUUUUAAAAGAGAGGAAAAACAUGUAUUUUGCAGUGCAUGGUCUGUGAUUUCGCUCAACGGCCAAGUUAGUCAGCAAAGUCUCUCACCUGUACUUCACCGUCUACGGUUCGGCGGGACCAGCCCUUUCUCCAGAGCCAUUUCUUAGACGUAUCCAGUUGUGAAACGGUUGAAAGCGAUCGCAGACGGAGGGAACUGGGUUGAGGCGGCGAAUGUGUUAUUGCGGGGAAACAUGUACGUGGAUGGGGAAAACGGAGGGGGGGGGGGGUUGUGGAAAGAGCAGCGAAUGUUAGUCUGAGGAAACUAACUUCGGCACUUUUAUUUUCAUUCGUCACUAAUACUUUCAACAAGAAAAAAAAAGCUAAGCAUGAUAACCGAUAUAAAAGCUCUCUAAUCAGAUAAAACAAGAUAACCAGAAACAGGCUUCCUUUUGCUGAAGUCUUAAUGUUUAAUACGAUGUGUACAGCAAACAAUUCAUGUUUUAAUUCUUUCCAGGGAAAAUUUCCAGGAAAAUUCUGGUCCAGGGAAAGCCCAAAUGGGAUGAGAGAAUUUAGACCUGAUCAGAGAUUUACUGAGAGGCAACUUUAUCCUGUGUUAGUUUAAAUCGCAAGUGGAUGUUUUGUACUUUCACAUUUAAACACUGCAUGAUGAGAUUUUUUGGUGCCUUGUUUAUUGUGGACGAUUCUAUAUGUCUGCAUGUAAAUACCCGGCCUUAAAAGACUGAGCACGGCGACCGUCAAAUCGCCAAUAACCCCCACAAGCUGGCGAAACGGUCCAAUUCCUGCCAAUUAAUUUGGAAAUUUUUUAGAAAAUAUUUUUGUACGUGUUUUGUGCUAAUAUUUUCCAAGUGUUUUACAUUUUGUAGCAAAGCUCUGGUUGUAAAGAGUGUGAAUAAUUCUUAUGUUGCUGAUGCUGACCUGUCAAUGGUUUAAUGUAUUGGUGUGAAACCACUAACUGGGUGAACAAUGGACUUCUCAGUCCUUUAAAAAUGUAUUGUUAUAUUGAUGUAAAUAUAAUUUUACAAAUUAAGUAGA